AUGGCAGUGUUGCAUGAUAAUGAAUGUGAUUCAGAACCGUGCGGCCACGGCAGAGGCCUUUGCGUCAACAUAGAAGGAGCUUACAAAUGCCACUGUCGUCAGGGCUAUAAACACAUGGUGCAGCAUGGGAGACUCAAGUGCGUCGAUGUGAAUGAGUGCUCCAAGCAGGACAUCUGUGGUGUCGGGGGAAAGUGUGUGAACCUGCCCGGCUCUUAUAAAUGUGAAUGUCACGGCGGCUUCAGGAGCAAGUCCCACCGUCAGCCAGCAUGUGAAGACAUUAAUGAGUGUUUGAGCCCUGACACGUGUCCCAAUGAGCAAUGUGAGAACACACCAGGCUCAUAUGAGUGUGUUCCCUGCUUGUCUGGACAAGAGGUCCGCGGGGGCAUCUGCUAUGACAUUAAUGAGUGUCAGAAUCCUGGCAUCUGUCCUAACGGCCGCUGUGAGAACCUCCCUCGUUCGUACCGCUGCCUGUGCAACGAGGGCUUCUACAAUACAGAUAACAAAGACUGCAGUGACAUUGAUGAGUGUGAGGACUCCAGGCUGUGUGCUAACGGCCGCUGCAUCAACACAGAGGGGUCCUUCCAGUGCCAGUGCCACCCGGGGUACCAGCGCACACAGGAGGGCAGCCACUGCGAAGAUAUCAAUGAGUGUGAGAGGCCAUCGAACUGUCAGAGGGGCCGCUGCAUCAACAACAUGGGCUCGUACCACUGUGAGUGCCAGAAGGGCUACACACUGGUGGGAGGAAGGAGAUGCCAAGACAUAGACGAAUGUGCCGAGGACAGGAGUCUCUGCAAGCCCUUCGGCUCUUGUGAGAACAGACCGGGCUCGUAUUUGUGCGCCUGCAACCACGGCUUUGUGCUCUCAGAGGACAAACACAGCUGUGAGGCAGUUCGAGUGCAGGUGGAUGAGAAGAAGGAAUGCUACUUGAACCUCGACGACACUGUGUUCUGCGACAGCGUCCUGGCCACUAACGUCACCAAGCAGGAGUGCUGCUGCUCCAUUGGAGUGGGAUGGGGAGACCACUGUGAGGUCUACCCCUGUCCUGUCUCCCAUUCAGCCGAGUUCCACUCCCUGUGUCCGAACGGACAGGGCCUCUACUACGAUGAAGGACUCAUGUACAGCCUGCCCGUCUACCAUGAUAUCGACGAGUGUUUUCUGUUUGCUGAUGAAAUCUGCAAGAAGGGUCGCUGUGAGAACACGCAGCCUGGCUACGAGUGUUACUGUCAGCAGGGCUUCUACUAUGACGGCAACCUACUUGAGUGCAUUGAUGUAAAUGAAUGCCACGACGAGUCUCUGUGCAAUAAUGGUCACUGCGUCAACACCGAAGGGUCCUUCUACUGCAACUGUAACAGGCCCUGGACCCCAGACUCCAACAAGAAGAGCUGUGUGAUAGCAACAGUAGCCGAUGUGAAUGAGUGUGAGGACCCAGCCAACUGUAAGAAUGGCCACUGUGUGGACACUCCAGGGUCGUACUACUGCUUCUGCACCGUGCCGUGGACCCUGGCCACCGACCGUAACAGCUGUGUGACCCCUGAGGAGCAGGCUGAUGUGAAUGAGUGCCAGGACCCCUCGUACUGUAAGAAUGGGAGGUGUGAGAACACGCCCGGCUCCUUUCACUGUUUUUGCGACCCUCCCCUCACCUUCAGUGCAGCGCUGAAACAGUGCGUCUAUGACGAUCGCACUGCAGCCCACAAGGACGUGUGUUUCCUGCAGGUGGACGAGGGCCUGAUCUGCAGCGAGCCCAGGAACGGCCUGGUGGUGACCUACUCCGAGUGCUGCUGUCACUACGGGCGCGGCUGGGGGCCCGAGUGCAACACCUGUCCCCCCAGAAACUCAGAGAUGUUCAGUCGUCUGUGUGAGAUGCAUCUGGAGACCGAGUCUGAUGGGGAGCAGGAUUUCCUGGCAGCUUUCGCUAACUAUAACCCAGGUGACAGUUCAGAGGAGGAUUCAGACGAAUGCAGCUGUGCAAAUGGCCGCUGUGUGCGCUCCUACCUCGGCACCAUGUGUGAAUGUAACACAGGCUUUAGGCUGGACCACUCCCGCACCCGCUGCACAGACAUCGAUGAGUGUGCAGAACCGGGAGCUCGUGUCAGUCCAUGCAAGAACGCUCGCUGCGUGAACACCGCCGGCUCAUACAAGUGCUACUGCAAACACGGCUUUGUGCCCACGCGCAGGCCGAACACCUGCGUCCGACGCAGAACUCGGUAACCUCUGUGUGUCCCUCCGAUCAUCCAGAUCUAGUAAAAACACAAAACACAUGCCGCACACACACAAACACACAAACACACAUCUGUCUCACCGUACGAACAUGGCGGAGCAUGAAAAGGCAGUUAACCCGAAAACAUGAAUUCUCAUCAGGAGCCAAAUCAUAGCAAUAUGAAAUGUUCAAAACAUUGUCAGCUCCUCUCUCUGCCCUCCUUUCACAUUUAAAGAAGCAAUCAAUACAGACAAGGAAUAUCUUUAUUUGUUUGUUUGUUAAACUUUUUGUAAUUAUUGUUUUUGAACUGUGCUUGGUAAGUUUAAAUUGUGAUUUUGUGGUUGUUUUGUUUUCAUUUAUCUCCUUGUUACAUUCAUUUGUUAUUCCUUAUUUGAAUAUCAGAUCUCAAGCCCUCUUCUGUUUUUACUUUAAAAAAAUCUGGUAUUCUGGUUCUCUACCUUUGCCCAUUUAAUAUUUACAACUACAGAGAAGCCAUGAGAACAUUUACAUGUGACUGUAUUCCCCUUUACAUUCCCUUUUAAGUCCGCUUUCGUUUUAUGUUAAAAUCUAAAUUUAUGUCAGCUGAUAUUGUAUUUUCUAAACCACACAUUGUUGAUUUUGUGUUUUUGUACAGUUUGUCUGAUGGAUCAACAGCUUCUGUAAGAAUGGUCCCUGUCCUAGCCCUGUUUAUUUGUUGAUGUAAAAUAUGACGUGCGCACCUAAGUGACUUUGAGCUAGAAAAGAAAUGUCAUGCACUUAGCAAUGAACAUGGUGGGAAUAUUUGCUAAAUUAAGCUUAUUCCAGAAAAACAAGAACGUUUGACAUCUUUUGUCAGAGUAUGAAAUAUUUAGAAACCCAAAGACGCUUUUGAGAUGAGUAGAAUUUGAUUAAAAAAGAAGAAUCUG